AUGAUGUUUCCGACCAUCUCCCUCGCAGCUAAGGAUGGGUAUCAGUUUGAUGUGAGCAUCCUUGUGCUGUACGAAUCAAGGAUACUCAAAACUAUGAUUGAUUGCUUAGGUCGCGACAAAAUUGAAGGAAAGGUGGUACCACUUGAGGUGGAGGGCGAGGCACUGCAAAAAGUGAUUAAUUGGAUUGAGUAUCAUCUUGAUAAUGCUCUACCAGAUAGGGAUGAGGUGAGGAAGGGUGGGAGCUUUGAUAGUCGCUCACUGGACGAGGAGAGGACAAAAGAGAUGGAAGACAGGGAAAAUAUCAUCCAGGUGAAGAAAGAGGAGCUCAAGGAACUCGAAUAUCUUGAGGGCAUCGAAGAGCACGAGAAGGCCGAGGAGCUCGAAGAUAUCUCGGCAUGGAGCAGGUGGAACAAGGACUGGAGAGUUAAGACCAAAGAGAAAGAGCAGGAGAUAAGGGAGCUUGAGAAAGGUCUGUUUGAGCGCGAGCUAUACCACCAGGAACGAAAGCAGAUCGCGAAAGGCGAAGCUUCUAAGGCGGCUUUGAGAGCACAUGACGAGGCGGCGGGUAGGGUCCGGAAAUGGGAAUCCAGCUUCAUGGAGAUCGACACACCCCUGCUUUUCAAGGUUAUUCAAGCAGCAAACUACCUUGAAAUCAGCAACAUACUGAACAGCAGCUGCAGCAAUGCUGCCGAUAGGAUCAAGGGCGGGCUUCUCAAGUCACUAGACGGUUUGCCCAACGAAAUCCACCUCCAAAUCGCGGAGCACCUUCUGCCUUGCGCUCUUCUCAAGGCGGCCAAGGCCGGAAUCGUCAAUCUGACACGAGAUCAGGAGUUCUACGCUCAGAAAUGGACAAGAAUCUUCCGCUGUGACACCUGGUUCGAGGCUGCCAUGAAGGCCAAGGCAUGGCCGAUGCUUGUCGCCAGCGACAUGAAGCACCAGUCAUAUCUCAUAUUAGCUUCACUUGACUGGACUGGUGAUCUGCGGUACAAACUUCCAACUGGAAAAACUAUUCACGAUUAUCUGCAACCAGGCAGGUACGAGAGCGACGACUAUCACCUGGAUGAUGGUCUUGUUGUGCGUAUCACCGAAGUUGGUCAUUGCGAUAUCAGGAACAUGGAGGAGACGUUCGUGCACACCAGGGAAGAUGGUAGUUGGGAACUUUCUGUGAUGUAUUUGAAAGAUCCCAAAGUCCAUAAGCUGGUGUGCAAGGAACCUCGCAAGAACUCAGGCAG